AUGGCAGCAGCUGAACACUGCACUUCCAAUGGAUCCUCAAGAUGGUCCCUCAAAGGAAUGAUCGCUCUCGUCACCGGUGGAUCUCGUGGAAUUGGACAUGCCAUAGUUGAGGAUUUGUGUGGGUUUGGUGCCACCGUCCACACUUGUUCUAGAAAUCAAGGAGAGCUCGAUAACUGUUUGAGUCAAUGGCGAAGUAAAGGCUUUUUAGUUUCUGGAUCUGUGUGUGAUGUGUCAUCUCGAGACCAAAGGGAGAAGCUUAUUCAAGAAGUCACCUCAAUCUUCAAUGGAAAACUUCACAUUUAUGUGAACAAUGUUGGGGCAAACUUUAGGAAACCAACCAUUGAGUACACUGCUGAAGUAUAUUCAGAAAUUAUGGCGAUUAAUUUAGAUUCUGCAUAUCAUCUGUGCCAACUUACACAUCCUCUUCUAAAGGCAUCUGGUAAGGGAAGCAUUGUAUUCAUUUCAUCUAUUUCUGGUGUGGUGAGCUUAGGUACUGGAUCAGUCUAUGCAGCAAGUAAAGCUGCAAUCAAUCAGCUUACAAAAAAUUUGGCUUGCGAAUGGGCAAAAGAUGGCAUAAGAAGCAAUUGUGUUGUUCCUGCUACCACCAAUACACCACUUGUAGAACAUCUGCUUCGCGACAAGCAAUAUGUAGAUGAAAUGUUGUCUCGAACUCCUCUUGGGCGCAUCGCAGAAGCUCAAGAAGUUUCAUCCUUGGUAGCGUUCCUUUGUCUUCCGGCUGCAUCUUACAUCACAGGGCAGGUUAUUUGUGUUGAUGGAGGACUAACUGUGAAUGGAUUUCAGCCCAGUAUGAGAAUAACAUGA